AUGUCUACAAAACCAGGUUCAGUGAACCUUGAUCAUCCGUGCGCGGUAGAUUCGCGAUCGCAGCCAAUCAAUGCUACUGCCUUCAGACGAUACCUGGCACUCCUAUCCAUCAAGCUUUUAAAGCGCUUUCGCGAGCGCUCGGGCAACGUGCUCUUUCUUUCCAAGCAUAAAUGUGUCAAGUAUGGCACGAGCGUGCAACUCAGCGAAGCAGCGACGAUGCAAUUUGUUGCGAACCACACAUCAAUACCAGUUCCUCGGAUAUACUGCGCUUUCACGCACCACAAACGGACCUAUAUUGUUAUGGAGAGAAUCUGUGGGGAUUACGUAGGAGCUGGGUGGCUCAAGCGCUCGGAAGAGGGCAAGGCAAGCAUCUUGUCCCAACUCAAAAGCAUGAUCGAAGAAUUGCGCCGCAUACCACCACCAGAAGGAACUGGCGUUGCUAAUGUAGACGGCGGCCCCUUGUAUGACGUUAGGCUGCCUGGUACCUCCAACCAAUUUGGGCCUUUCCGAUCGAUAGCCGAUUUCCACAGGCAUCUGCGAAAUAACCUGGAAGCACACCCAGACCACUCUCCAGAGGUCACUAAGCUGAUUUCAGAGCAAGGAAGACACCAAAGUGGACCAGUCCUCACGCAUGGAGACUUGAGCAGCCUAAAUGUCCUCGCACGCGGAGACGACGUUGUUGGAAUCGUCGACUGGGAAACUGCAGGAUGGUAUCCCGAGUACUGGGAGUACACUACGGCAUGGAACGUCAAUCCUCAAAACGAAUUCUGGCGAGACGAGGUCGACAAAUUUCUCCAGCUUAUGCCCGAGGAACUGGGGAUGGAGAAGACCCGACUGAAGUGUUUCAAUAUCUUCUAG